AUUGAAACAGGCGGAGUCACGCAGUAACUGGUCUGACCUGGUUCCUGUUAUCUCAGAUGAAGCAUGCCUUAUACAAGGACAUAUAUCUUAGCACCAGCCAACAAAGCCACAGGUGCCACUGGGAGCCCAAGCAUUGUGGAGCAGCAGUGGGCACUAGAGGAAAAUAAAAGUGUCUGUCAAGGUCAGGAAGACAACCUGGAAGACAUGCUUAGAGGAUAUCCUGCAUAUGCAAAAUCUCCAUGGCAAAGAGCAAGGAUCCCAAAGAUGUUUGCAGUAUGGAUCACUACUCUUCUUCUUCUCAGUGAAGCCAAAGGAAGGGAGGUUUGCUACAGAAGACUCGGAUGCUUUACAGAUAAACCCCCUUGGUCUGGGAUCCCAGGGAGAGAACUGGCAGGCUUGCCCAGCUCUCCAGAAUAUGUGAACACCAAUUUCUUUCUUUACACUAGAGACAACAUCAUGAAACAUCAAAAAAUUUCAGCUACAAGUCCUUCAACUAUCAAAGCUUCCAAUUUCAGGACACACCGGAAAACUCGCUUCCUUAUACAUGGCCAUCUUGCUGGAGCAGACCUCCCCUGGAUAUCAAAGAUGUGCAGGUUCAUGUUCAACACUGAAGAUGUGAACUGCAUUUUGACUGAUUGGAGAGGUGGCUCCAAUGGUUUGUACACCGAAGCAGUUAACAACGUCCGCAUUGUGGGGGCUGAGCUGGUAUAUCUGGUGAACCUUCUGGAGAAAGACUAUGGCUACUCUCCUGCCAACAUUCAUUUCAUCGGCCAUAGCCUCGGAGCACAUGCUGCAGGGGAGGCAGGGAGAAGGAAACCUGGCAUUGGAAGAAUAACAGGUUUGGAUCCAGCUGGGCCCCUUUUCCAGUAUACUCCCACAACGGUUAGGCUGGAUCCUUCAGAUGCAAAAUUUGUUGAUAUAAUUCAUACUCAUGCUGGUCAUCUUUUCUUUGACUUUGCUCCAGGGAUUCUUCAGCCUUGUGGCCACCUGGAUUUUUACCCAAAUGGGGGAAGGAAGAUGCCAGGAUGCAAACAGCUUCGUGUACCUACUGGGAAUCGGAGCAUCAAUGACCUUAUGAGAGAAUAUAGAUCUCUUGGAUGUGGGCAUAAAAGAAGUCUCCGGUACUAUGCUGAGAGUAUUAUUACUCCAAAUGGAUUUGUUGGGUAUCAGUGUGAAACUUAUCGAGCUUUUGUAUUGGGAGACUGCUUCCCAUGUCCAAAGGAAGGAUGCCCACUAAUGGGUCAUUAUGCUGAUACGUUUUUACAUAAAACUGAAAAAGAACAUCAAAAGGUUUAUUUAAACACAGGACCCUCCUCUCCAUAUGCUCGCUGGCGGAAAGAGAUACAUGUCAAAGUGUCUGCAACAGAAACCAUGGAGGGAAAUAUAGACAUAGCCUUGACUGGAACUAAUGGGAUCAGGAGAAAAUACACAAUUGACAAGGGAACUUUCAAACCAGGCAACACGUACUUCAACUACAUUGAUACAGAAAUUUCUGGGAACAUUUCAAAAGUUGAGUUUCUCUGGAAAAAGCAUCCAGGUCAUGUACACAGAGGCUGCAUGGGAGCUGAAGAAGUCACAAUAACAUCUGGGGAAAAUGGAAAUGUGUCUGUGUUCUGUGGCUGUGGAACCGUGCAACAGAGCACAUGGCAAGACCUGGCCCUUUGCUGAAGCUUGGUGAGGAAUGCCAUCGUGUCCAUUGUGGCAGCUCUCACCAUCUGGAAGGGAACACUUCAUUCUGCAGCAAACUAUGAACAAGACUCCUUCAACAGAUCAUUAAAAACUUGCCCAGCCCACUA